GUUUUUUCCCCUCUUUUGAGCAAUGGGACUUAAAAUUACCCGGAAAGAGCAUCUAGCUGCUGAAGCGAUUGAAGAUGGGUCGAUUGCCAUACACGAAAAUAUCUCUGACACGGUUCCAAGCUCCACCGCUUGUUCUCUUGAAUCAGUGGGAAAAAUGGGAGUUGAACUACCAAUUGUGUCUAUCAGACCAGAAACCCGUCCAUGGACCUCUGCCGCGUUACGGUGGUGGAGAAGCAAAUGUGUGCACGGCAAAAGCUUCCCCCAUGAAGUUUAUGCCGAUGAUACUAAUGGAUUCUGUUGGAAAUAGGGUCCAGGCCACUGCAUUCCAGGUUGACAUCGAAUGGAUAGAUCAGCACCUUGCGUUAUACUCAACCUAUCUUGUCUCAAAUGCCUAUGUCAACCCGAUAACUGACAUGCUCUUUUGUGUUGACGGAGAGUAUCCAUAUGUUUGGUCAUUCACACGCCG